CGUUUCUUUGUUUUAUAAAAAAACAGUGAAGGGUCAGUUUAUGGCUAUCGUCAUGUGUGUAACCUACUUCUGUUAAUAAACGGAAGUGAACUAUCUACACAGCUUAUAUGAAUCGAUAACAGAUUCACGCCCGUACUUUUUCUUCAAUGCUCAACAGCAGAAUCGGUGUAUGAUUUUCAUCACGUAUUUUACCACAGUACUGGAAGUAGUCUAGCCAAUCGAUUUACCCUCCAAACCUGCAGCUCCGCCUGACUCAGUCCAUUUCAUUACGACACGCGGAUCCGCGUUAAAGACGAGCCUCGACGCAAGAUCACGAUGUCUAUUUCUAAUGCACAAGCGACACCAUCCAUCCAGAUAUGCAGGAUCAUGCGUCCUGAUGAUGCCAACAUUGUUGGCAAUGUUCAUGGUGGGACUAUCCUGAAGAUGAUUGAGGAAGCGGGAUGCAUCAUUGGCACACGCCACUGCAAUACUCAAAACGGGGACCGCUGUGUAGCUGCUCUGGCCCGGGUGGAGCGCACAGACUUCCUGCACCCAAUGUUCAUCGGUGAAGUAGCCCACGUCAGUGCUGAGAUUACCUACACCUCCAAACACUCGGUGGAGGUGCAGGUCAAUGUUCUCUCAGAGAACAUAGUCACAGGUGCCAAAAAAUUGACCAACAAGGCAACACUAUGGUAUGUCCCACUGUCCCUACAAAACGUGGCCAAAAUCAUUGAAGUUCCUCCUAUUGAGUAUUCCAGCCCAGAACAAGAGGAAGCAGGUAAAAAGAGAUAUGAGGCUCAGAAAUUCGAGCGAAUAGAGACCAAAGAGAGGAAUGGUGAGAUCAUCAUGUCUGUCUCAAUUCCAGAUAGACAAACAAAAGAGCCCUACAGUGUUGCAUUUAGUCAGUCGAGUCUGAUCCACCUCGUCGGCCCAUCUGACUGCACUCUGCAUGGCUUUGUACAUGGAGGUGUGACCAUGAAGCUGAUGGAUGAGGUGGCAGGGAUUGUUGCUGCUCGUCAUUGCAAGACCAACAUUGUGACCGCAUCUGUGGACGCCAUUAACUUCCAUCGCAAGAUCAAGAAAGGCUGUGUCAUUACUGUUUCUGGCCGAAUGACCUUCACCAGUAAUAAGUCAAUGGAGAUUGAGGUUUUCGUUGAUGCUGACCCACUGGUGGAGGCUGAGAAGGGAAAAUAUAGGGCUGUCACAGCCUUCUUCACCUACAUCUCCCUGGAUAAAGAAAACAAGCCCCUUUCUGUGCCACCGCUGAAGCUGGAAGGUGAAGAGGAGCAGAAGCGGUUUGAAGAAGGGAAAGCACGUUACCUGCAGAACAAGACAAAGAGACUCGCUGAUAAGGGGCAUCAACAAUAACUUUUACCAUGCAAACACCAUAUUGUCUUGUAGAAGAAAAUUCUUGAAUAAUUGAGCCUCAACGGACAACAUACUGUAUUGAGAACCUCUGCUUUAUCCUACAUGUAGCUCACUGAAUAGAAAGAAAAAUAUUUAGGUUUAUUUGACUUGUCUAAGUUUACCAAAGCACUUUGUGUGUAUAUGUAUCUCAAGUGAAACAAAAAAGCAAAAUAUAUAUUUAUGUUUUAUUGUAACGACUUAUUUGUGAAAUGUGCAGAACUGUAUUAUGCACUAAUAAAAGCCUGCUAAUGCAGCUCCAA